ACAGCCCAUUUGGUAUAACACCCGGUCCAUUGUUUCUACGGGACUGAAAACCUAAUCGCUGUCUUCUUCCUUCCCCCGCGUUCACAGGGAGGGAGCUCUUGCUGCUUCGACUCAGGUAGGAAAGAUGGCCGUCCCCUUGCUUAACAAGAAGAUUGUGAAGAAGCGUGUCAAGAAGUUCAAGAGGGCGCAGAGCGACAGAUAUGUCUCUGUAAAGCCAAGCUGGAGGAGGCCGAAAGGUAUUGACUCUCGUGUGCGAAGAAAGUUCAAAGGGUGCACUCUCAUGCCAAACAUUGGCUACGGUUCCAACAAGAAGACCCGUUUUUUUCUGCCCAAUGGUUUCAAGAAGUUUGUUGUGCACAAUGUUCAAGACUUGGAACUUUUGAUGAUGCACAACAGGACUUACUGUGCCGAGAUAGCACACAACAUUUCUACCAAGAAGAGGAAGGAAAUUGUCGAACGUGCUGCCCAGUUGGAUGUUGUUGUGACCAACAAAUUGGCUAGGCUUCGUAGCCAGGAAGACGAGUGACCGACUUUGGUGUUGCACUUUAGUUAUGUUUUAUUGUCUCCGCAUUGCACCGUGACCUUAAUGCAUUGUUUUUUGUUUUCAUCAUUUCAUUCACUUCUGAAAUACAUUAGUCACUUUGCCAAGCUUAUGUGUGCUGAAGUUUUGUUCUAUACUGUUUUUCUAGCAGUACUCUUUCUAUUUGUUUGUCAACAUCUCGUCUGUUCCCUUUGUCCCACUUUUUCCUUUGCAGUCUUAAACUAAUAUGCAGUUUUUUUUGUUUUUUUAACUUAAGAAUGCACUAAAUGCAUAGUGGCCUA